AUGAUUAAUGAUUUUACUCAAUUAGUUGGAUGGCAAGACUAUUCACAAUCAUCACAUACCAAUCAACUUAAACUUCUAUCAGAAUCUAUGGAGUAUCCAACUCCUAUUACAUCUUUCAAAGACAAAAAGUUAUUACCAAAUCUUUCAUAAUAAAGAUAAAUUACAGAAAUUAGGAGUCCCAGAAAAAAAUCACUACAUUCUACCAGAAUAUAACAUAGUCAAGUUCUCUAUUAAAUUAAAGAUGAAAAUCCUCUCAAAAAAAGAUUACCCAAUCCCAGAUAUUUUAGAGUCACUCCUUCACAAUUCAAUUUCACACUUAGUGAAGAUAAAUUCAAUAAAAUUGCCAAAGAUUCCUCACCAAAUAAAUAAAAACUCAAUAAACUUGCUCCUUUGCUCUAAAAAGUUCAUAAAGUGUAAAUUAAAAAUAAAAUUAUCACCAUAACACAAAAGUCACCUCUAUCAUAACUACACAAAUUGUUAGAAGUCUUAAAUGAAAAAUGA